AUGGUUUUUCUCCGGCCUUCUUUUUUCUUCAAAAUUCAGCGCGGCAUGUUCAUGUCGAUACCGCGACAGCAUACAGUUGUUCGUCAUUUGUCCUCUAAAAGUCCAAAAGAAGCUUAUGAGCUCAAAGUUAAAGAAGGAAAGUGGAGGCCUGAUCCACACCAAGAAAAGGCGGUUUUCGCUGUCAAUCGUUUGUAUCAUGACUUACAAUCGUACAAUCAACCCCCCGUACCCAAAGAAAGUUUCUAUUUGCCCUCCCGAGGCAAUGAAGGAUCUACGUGGCUUUCCAGAUUUCGCUCUACGCUAAGCAAGUGUGCUUCCAGCUUUAAACCAUCAUCUUUCAUAGCUCCCCAAAUACCUAGAGGCAUCUAUCUAUAUGGUGAUGUUGGAUGCGGGAAGACUGCGUUAAUGGACUUGUUUUAUACUAAUUUACCUUCCAAUGUUACUCGUUCAAAGCGCAUCCACUUUCAUGCUUUCAUGCUCCAUAUCCAUCAGUCGGCACACCAGUUGAAACAAGUGUACGGCUAUGGCGUCGAUACCAUCGAGUAUCUCAGUGCUCAGCUUGCAAGCAAAUGUACAGUUUUAUGCUUUGAUGAGCUUCAGGUAACAGAUGUAGCGGGUGCUCUCAUCCUUCGAAGAUUGUUUGAAUGCUUACAAAAGUAUGGUGUCGUUAUCUUCAUAACAUCAAACCGAGCUCCAGAUGACUUGUACAAAAAUGGAAUCCAAAGGGAGAGCUUCAUUCCUUGUAUCCAUCUACUGAAUGAAAGUUUAAACGUAAUGUGCCUAGAUAGUCCCAACGAUUAUCGACGUCUCCAAACUCAAACCGAUGAUGUUUAUCUGUAUCCAGCUAAAGAUACAAAAGUCAGACAGAAAGUGCAAAAUUUUUUUGAAAGAUAUGGUGACCUUCAUGCAGAUCCCACUCACGAGGUACAAUUAGAGGUUUUUGGAAGAACAAUUCUUGUUCCAAAAGUUAGUAAAGACACAGCUUGGUUUACUUUCAGGGAACUUUGUGGAGAACCCAAAAGUGCAGCUGAUUAUAUUUCACUAGCAAAUCGCUUUAAGGUAUUUAUUAUUUCUGAUAUCCCCCAACUCUCUAUUGAAGCAAAAGACCUUAUUCGAAGAUUUAUCAAUUUUAUUGAUGCCGCUUACGAUGCUCGUGCCAAGAUUAUAUUAUCUGCUGACGUUUCCGUAGAUCUAAUUUACCCUACACCAGAAGGAUACAAGCACUUGCAAACAACAAAGAACUAUAGCGAGAGUAUUGAAAAUUCAAUGAUAGCCCCUGAAUCCAAUUAUCAUGGUGAUUUUGGAGGAGUGGAAGAGGUUUUCGCUUUUUCGCGUUGUCUCAGCCGACUUGCAGAAAUGCGUAGGAGCGAUUGGUUACAACCAUGA